AAUUUUUUAAUCAGAAUAGUAUGUCUAGGGAAGAAAAAAAGUUGGCAUGAUGUUUCUCAAUUUCAGUUUUUUUUAAUAUAGCAAAGCAGAAUUGUCCGGUCGCGCGCCGGAUCCUCACCGCUCCGUAUCCAUGGGGAACCGGGGGAUGGAGGAGCUGAUCCCGCUGGUGAACCGGCUGCAGGACGUCUUCAGUGCCAUCGGACAGAGCUGUGACCUGGACCUGCCGCAGAUCGCAGUGGUCGGGGGUCAGAGCGCAGGCAAAAGCUCCGUCCUGGAAAAUUUCGUGGGCAGAGAUUUCCUGCCAAGAGGCUCUGGAAUUGUUACAAGGAGACCGCUUGUACUUCAGCUCAUCAGUUCAACUUCAGAGCAUGCCGAGUUUCUGCACUGUAAAGGAAAGAGGUUUACAGACUUUGAUGAUGUUCGACAGGAGAUCAAAGCAGAGACGGACAGAGUCACAGGAACAAAUAAGGGCAUAUCCUCCAUUCCCAUCAACCUUUGUAUCUGCUCUCAAAAUGUUUUGAACCUCACUUUGAUAGAUCUUCCAGGCAUCACUAAAGUGCCAGUGGGAGAUCAGCCCCCUGACAUUGAAUACCAGAUCAGAGACAUGAUCAUGCAGUUCAUCUGCAGAGAGAAUUGUCUCAUCCUUGCUGUCACACCCGCUAAUGUGAAUCUGGCUAACUCUGAUGCACUUAAACUGGCCAAAGAUGUGGAUCCACAGGGCCAUCGCACCAUCGGUGUGAUCACUAAGCUGGAUCUGAUGGACAAGGGCACAGAUGUCAGGGACGUGCUGGAGAACAGGUUACUGCCACUACGCAGAGGUUAUGUUGGUGUGGUAAACCGUAGUCAGAAAGACAUUGAGGGAAAAAAGGACAUCAGUGCAGCUCUGGCUGCAGAAAGACGGUUCUUCAAGUCACAUCCUGCGUAUAGACACAUGGCAGACUGCAUGGGCACUCUGUACUUACAGAGGCUCCUCAACCAGCAACUUACCAAUCACAUUCGUGACACAUUACCUGCAUUACGCAGUCGACUACAGGGUCAGCUUCUGGCACUGGAUAAAGAGGCAGAGGAGUACAAGUGCUUGAACGCAGAUGACCCCUCGCGAAAAAACAAGGCCUUAAUAAAGCUGAUACAUCACUUUGGGUUGGAUUUUGAGAAGCGGAUCAAGGGAUCUGGGGAUCAGGUGGACACAGUGGAGCUUUCAGGAGGAGCCAAAAUCAACCGCAUCUUUCAUGAGCGUUUACCCUUGGAGCUGGUUAAGAUGGAGUUUGAUGAGAAAGAAAUACGCAGGGAGAUCGGUUACGCCAUUAAAAAUAUCCAUGGCAUCAGGACAGGCCUGUUCACACCUGACAUGGCCUUUGAAGCCAUAGUGAAGAAGCAGAUUGUGAAGCUUAAAGGGCCGUGUCUCAAGUGUGUAGACAUGGUGAUUCAGGAGCUCAUCAACACAGUACAACAGUGUACCAACAAGUUAAAGCCCUUUCCAAAACUAUGGGAGGAGACGGAGAGGAUAGUGACCACACACAUUCGGGAACGAGAGAGUCAAGCUAAAGACCAGGUUUUACUCUCACUAGAGAUCCAGCUCUCUUACAUCAACACAAACCAUGAAGAUUUCAUUGGGUUUGCAAACGCUCAACAGAAAAGCAGUCAAACGAGUAAGAAUCCUUCAGCAGGGAAGCAGGUGAUUCGCAAGGGCUGGUUAACCAUCAACAACAUCAGUCUGAUCAAGGGAGGGGCCAAGGAGUACUGGUUCAUGCUCACCACAGAGAGUCUGUCCUGGUUUAAAGAUGAUGAGGAAAAAGAGAAGAAAUGCAUGCUUCCUCUGGACAACCUGAAGGUGCGAGACAUAGAAAAGGGCUUCUUGUCCAGCAAACAUGUCUUUGCCAUCUUUAACACAGAGCAGAGGUCAGUUAUACCACCUACACACACUUCAGAAGAGAGAACGCUUUUUCAGAGAAUGUUUUUUCAACUUUAAAAUGAUGUAAAGAUCAAACACUUUACAUCAGUACACACCAUAUGAAGUAGAUUUAUAAUGUAGAUGCAGCUAAAGAAGAAUUCAACCCUCUGAAUGACCUGUGUGUGUGUGUGUGUGUGUGUG